UUCUUUUGUUUUCUUUUUUUAAUUGAGAAGCUAAGUGUCUGCCAUUUUUAAAUUUCUUAUUUUAUUUAAAGGGAAACCAGUGCCUUGAAAAUGAGACUAAAUAUUGCCAUCUUCUUUGGGGCUCUCUUUGGUGCUUUGGGGGUUUUACUCUUUUUGGUGGCCUUUGGAUCGGAUUAUUGGCUUCUUGCAACUGAAGUGGGGAAGUGUUCAGGUGAACAGAAUAUAGAGAACAUCACUUUCCACCAUGAAGGAUUCUUCUGGAGAUGUUGGUUUAAUGGGAUUGUGGAAGAGAAUGAUUCCAGUAUCUGGAAGUUCUGGUACACCAAUCAGCCAGCAUCCAAGAACUGCGCACAUGCUUACCUGUCGCCAUAUCCCUUUAUGAGGGGAGAGCACAACUCAACCUCCUAUGAUUCUGCUAUUAUUUACCGUGGUUUCUGGGCAGUCCUGAUGCUUCUGGGGGUCGUCACCGUGGUGACUGCAAGCUUUCUGAUCAUCUGUGCAGCUCCCUUUGCAAGCCACGUUCUCUAUAAAGCCGGUGGAGGUGGUUACCUUGCUGCAGGCAUCCUAUUUUCCCUGGUGGUGAUGCUAUAUGUCAUCUGGAUCCAGGCAGUGGCUGACAUGGAAGACUACAAAAACAUGAAAAUGAGAGACUGCUUGGAGUUCGCCCCUUCUGUUGUCUAUGGCUGGUCAUUUUUCCUGGCCCUGGCAGGGAUAUUUUUUUCUUUGCUAGCUGGAUUACUGUUUCUAGUUAUUGGGCGGCAUAUACAGAUACAUCACUAA